CACUGCUGUCAAAACAGUAAAAUGGAUUCGAUUAGUUUUUUCUUAUUGUUGUCGCUUGUUUCUUAUGUUUGCUACGAAGCUGUACCGUCUAGUUUCUGAAUAUUUGUUGCAAACAGACACGAUAUAGCAAAUGAGAUCUAUUGUUUGUGUAAUUGUUGUGUCUGUUGGUAUUUAUAGUUUAACAGUAUUCUAGAAUUACGACCGCAGUAUUGCACACCACAUCCCGAGGGUGCUGCAAAACGUCAUAUAAUCACGCAUCGCCAAUACGAUACGAUUGUUCAAACAAACCUUUAUAGCUGAAUCCACACGAAUCGAAACGGUACAGCGAGGACGAUAUCGAAAUACAACUACUAGAAACUCGAACCACUAGCGUCCAUCAACUCGCACCCGUACCGGGUUCGUGGUUUCGUUCUCAGUUCCCGACAUCAGUUUUAUAAUUGAACGACGCAGGACGGGGCGUUUCCGAUUAAAUUCGGAAGUAAGCUCAAACCACGGAACUAAGCCUGGUCCCUGGUACGAUAUGAUGGUCCCAUUUCGACGUAAGAAAUCUAACAAACAAUUUCCAGUGAAAGUAUGUACCUUUGAUUCGGAGCUUGAAUUUCACCUUGAGCACCGAGCAACAGGUAGAUACUUGUUUGAAUUAAUAUGUCGAACGAUCGGCCUGCGCGAGACAUGGUACUUUGGGUUGCAGUUCGAAGAUUCCAAAGGAAACCUGUCAUGGCUGAAAAUGGACAAGAAGGUCCAGGAUCAGAGCGUGCACAUGACAAACGGUAGCUGUAUGUUUAUAUUCUUAGCCAAGUUUUUUCCCGAAAAUGUGGCUGAAGAGCUGGUACAGGAGGUAACGCAGCAUCUGUUCUUUCUACAAAUAAAACAAGCCAUAUUGUCGAUGGAUGUGUACUGUCCGCCGGAGGCAUCUGUGUUGCUUGCCUCAUACGCGGUGCAAGCCAAGUACGGCGAUUAUGACGAAGCAGUAUGCAAGCCAGGGAUGCUGAUCAGCGAAAAUUUGCUGCCGCAACGCGUGAUCGAUCAGUAUCAAAUGACACCCCAAAUGUGGGAAGAACGCAUUAAAACGUGGUAUGCAGAUCAUCGAGGUAUGUCCAGAGAUGAGGCAGAAAUGGAAUAUCUAAAGAUUGCGCAGGAUCUGGAUAUGUUUGGUGUCAACUACUUUCCUAUAACGAACAAGAAAAACACGGAAGUUUGGCUUGGUGUGACGGCGUUGGGAUUGAACAUUUAUAACAAAGAAAACAAGUUGCUGCCAGUGACAACUUUCCAGUGGAAUGAAAUCCUGCACAUCAGUUUCGACGAUCGAAAGUUUGUGGUGAAAACUAAUGACAGCAAAAGCCCCAAGCCUGUGAUAUUCUAUUCGCAAAAGCUGCGCAUCAACAAAUUGAUAUUGGAUCUGUGCGUGGGCAACCACGAUCUUUACAUGAAACGGCGCAAACCCGAUACGAUGGAAAUUCAACAAAUGAAAGCCCAAGCGAAAGAGGAAAAGCAACGAAGGCAAGUCGAGCGGAAUAAGUUAACGCGCGAAAAGCAGCUGCGUGAAGCGGCAGAGCGAGAAAAGGCAGCGAUGGAGCAGAGACUGAUGCAGCUGCAGGAAGAGAUGAGAGCCGCGAACGAAGCUUUGCAUCGCAGUGAAGAGGCAGCGGAACUUUUGGCGGAAAAAAAUCGCCUUGCGGAGGAAGAGGCAAUGCUACUCUCUCACAAGGCCCAGGAAGUCGAGCAGGAGAUCAAUCGGAUGCGUAUGACUGCUCGCAAAACGGAAGAAGAAAAGAUGUACCUGGAGCGAAAGACACAAGAAGCAGAGUUACUCACUGCUCGCAUGAUGGAGGAGUCACGCAAACGAGCUUUAGAGGCCGACAAGUUGAAAAAUGAACUGAUACACGCGCGUGUGGCAGAAAAGGAAGCGAAAGAAAAAUUGCUGAAUUUUCUAAGUCGAACAUCCACCGAAUCGAUACUCAUUACACCUUCUUCAUCACCGGAAUCUCCUAUGCAUGAAAUGCAUUCGUACGAUCUCUUGGCCGACGGUGAUAUGGAACAACUUUCACUGGAAAUCGAAAAAGAACGGGUUGAAUACUUGGCCAAGUCGAAACAAGUACAGAAUCAGCUCAAGGAGCUUCGCUCUGAAAUUGAGCAACUAAAAAUCGGUGAGAAUCAAUGCCCACUGGAUGACAUCAAUGCCGAGCAGUUGCGGCUAGGUGAGACAAAAUAUUCCACCCUGAAAAAGGUUAAGUCCGGUUCAACAAAAGCACGAGUAGCAUUUUUUGAGGAACUGUAAGUUGUGUUUAACUUAUGCAAUUCAUUGUUUUUGUCUGAAUUUACAUUGGGUUACGUACGCUUAUUUUAAUUUGCUCUUUUUAUUUUUCAAUACUUUUUGAAGUUCUUUGCUUACUUUUGUUCAUGCCGCAAAAAGUAUACGGAUCAAAUAUGAUCAUUUUGAAAAACGCUUUCAUCCUCGUUGCUCCAAAUUCUUACCUCGUUGUUUCUAUAUUUGAGUUUAUCUCUACAAACUAAACACAUACCACAUAUGUUGGCGAAAUAUUGACUAUUUUCACACAAGAAAGCCAAAAAAAGUUUAUAACAAAAGUAUGUCCAAAUGUUUGUGUUGAAAUGGUGCUCCCGAUUGUUUUUAGUAGAAACGAUAGAAAGUGUUUCGGGUAACACAUGGUUCAAGUUAACGCCUUAAUUAGAUUGAUUCAACGCUUAAAGAGAUUUCGCUUAUAUUGUCUGCAUUAAUUCAAUGUCGCCAUUACUAUCGAUGAUAGUUCGACGAUAUGCUAUGGUCAAAUUAGUUUUGUUAAAUAUAUUUCACCCUUUUUUCGAAGAUAGUUAAUGUCUUUAAUACAUUUCUUCUUUCUUAAACAAGUCAUUUAAUUUGCAAAUUGCCAAUGGCGAAAAGCCAGCAAUUACCAUUAAGACCUCAUCUACUUUUACUUUGUUACGAUGUUUUGUUUUAUUAAUCCCAUUGACGCAUACCCCAGCUAGUAUAGUAGUAUAAAAUACAGCGUACCCAUUAGCUAUAAAUCACAUUUACGUAGUAUUUUCAAUUUAUGUUACAGUAAAAUGAUGGAGUAUAUAGUUUUACAAAUAUUAAUUAGAUACAAAUAACCGAAUGACGGUGUGUAUUAUAAUUUAUGUGAGAUUGCUGCAUUCAUCACUAUGACUAGUGUACCAUAAUAAUAGGUUUUUAUAGAUUAUAUUUUCAUCUUUCAACAGCUAUAAGUAGUAACACUUCAUUUGUUUCUUUUUACGAACAUCGUGUAGCGCGUAUAAUAAAGUAUGUUAAUUCAUCUUCGUACCUUUAUUUUCAUUGUUUACAUUCAUAAAUACCACACCCUCGCUUCCCUUCACUUGUUUGUCACAACUGUGCGUGUUCUAUAUAUUUGUUUGGGUUUUUCUGUUGGUGUUUCUGGUGUUCGUGUUAAUUGCAAUAAUGGACAUAGCAUUUUUUUGGAGUAUGGAAUUCAAUCGAUAGUGCCAUUUGCAAACAACAGCUUUAAAUGCUGAGUUUUAUUAAUCGACCACAUCUGCCAGCGGAUGUGUUCUAAAAAAAUAAUAAUAAUAAAAGAGAAGGUACAAGUUAUUGCAUAUUCCAAAUUUCAAAAUUAUGCUGAUAUUAUUUUGGAUUCCAUUUUCCGUAUUGCCGUAAGAAAACACAUCUCAUUUGUGAUUCAUUGUAUUCGGUUGUUAUUAUUUAUUUGAGUGUACAGUUCUAUCUUGUGUAACAAUUCAGCAUUAUCAUAUGUCAUCAGAAAAUUAAAAAAAUGUAACGGUUUUGGGUGUAACACUGCUCAGCGAUAAAUGCACUGUUCAACGGUGUCCGGGUUGCUGAAUGAAAAUAAAUGCUUAUGCUCAAUUCUGUAAAUUACAGAGAGCCGGAAGAAUCGAUAGUGUAAAACAUUACGAUCGGUUACGAUUUUCUCGUAUCUAGCACAACCUAUCUCAGGAAUGACAACUAUUAUAAGGUGCCUUGCAAAAUUAACGAACAUAUCAGGCAGUUUCGAACGAAACCAAAGCCAGAAAAGAGCUCGGGCCAUGAGAGCAAAUGCGAACGAAUUGUUAGGACUAUUGUUAUGCCGAAAAACUUCAACAGACUGCCAGUUUCUUCUAAUGAGGUGACACAAUCGAAAAGUGAACGUUUUCUAUUGAAAUAGAUUCAAAUGUUCCUGCGUCGACAAUAAAUUGAAAUUUGAUGUUUAUAA